AUGCCCUGCUUCAUCUACAUCAACGGCUACCCAGGCGUCGGCAAGCUCACCGUCGCCAACGCCCUCUCCAACCUCAUCCCGCGCAGCCGCGUCUUCCACAACCACCUGGUCAUCGACCCCGUCGCCGCCAUGCUCGACCGCGACGAUGCCGACGCCGACGCCGGGGCCUACAACGACCUGAGGACCUCGUUCCGCAAACAUGCCCUCGACGCCAUCGCCACCCACCCGGCGCUGGCCGACAAGACUUUCAUCUUUACAGAUGCGCGCGAGUCAGGUCCCCUGGGCAGCGAAGCGGCGCGGGAUCACAAGACGGCCGCCGAUAGGAGGGGCGUGCCGUUCGUCUCGGUCGUGUUGCGUUGUGACGCGGAUGAGAGUGUCAAGAGAAUUGCAAGUCGGGUGGGUGUCGGGGAUGGUGUGGCGGCUGGCAACACAAAGUUGACUGACGGCGAGGUUCUGCUAAGAAUUCGGGACAAGGAGACCAUCUUUCAGUUCGGUGAUGAGAACGAAAUGUGUUUGGAUACCACGAGCCUAGGGUCGGAGGAUGCUGCGCACUUGAUUUUCCAACAUGUCAACGCCGUUUACAGUCGUCUUGAUAAAGACAGCCGAAGCUUAUGCCUCGUUUCUGCCGCCAAGCUCCAUCGUCUUAAUCUCACCAGGCGUAUACCAGAUUAA